AUGUGCCGGGGUUAUCCAACAAAAUUUGCAUCUUACUUCCAUUACUGUCGCUCAUUAAGAUUUGAUGACAAGCCAGAUUACGCGUAUCUCAAAAGGAUAUUCCGUGACCUGUUUAUUCGUGAAGGAUUCCAAUUUGAUUACGUGUUUGAAUGGACCAUCUUGAAGUAUCAGCAAUCACAGCUUGCCACACCUCCAGCACGGGCCAUCAUUCCUGGUACUGGAACCAGUUCUGCAAUGCCACCUGCUGUUACCAAUGCUGACAGACAUACAGGAGCAGAAGAAGGGCAACCCCCUGGUUUGGUAUCAGUGGAUUCCUCGAGGCGCAGAAUGUCAGGACCCGUUUUGAAUACUCUUUCAAGUGCCAAUGUCUUGGGUCAGUCAAAUGGAUCAUCCAGGAGAGUUGCUGUUUCUAGUAGCCGUGAUGCAUUUGUUGGUGCUGAAUCAGAUGUCCGUACACGCACUGCUGAGGCUAGCCCUGGAGCAGCACACCGAAUUUUGGGUGGGCAAAGAAGUUCACCGAUCGGGUCUUCUGAUCCUCAGAGAGUAACACGGGCUGGAAGAAAUGCUUCUCAUGCCAAUAAUUAUGAAAGUGCCCUUAGAGGCAUGGACGGUUUGCAGUUAGAAAAUGACGAGAGGACCCAUUAUUAA